GCGCACAAGCACCUAGCAGAAUGUGCGCGUCCGCGGGAGGGCCCGGUAGAAAAUGGCGAGUCUGUGCAAAAGGCAGCAAUGCACGAUCGAGAGGCGCGGCUUUCGGCAGGAACUUGACUCGUGGCGACACAAACUCAUUCACUGUGUAGGGUUUGAAAGCAUUUUGGAAGGGCUGUUCGGGCCGGGACUAGUCAAAGAUAUUACCCUUUUUCAAGAUUGCGAGCCCGAGGUACUGUUGGAUUGGUCGUUUGAUGUAAAUUGUCUCUUUUGCUGCUUAAGACGAGAGAAAGUCAAGGAACACUUGGUUGGCAUCACUCCCCAGGUCUUAUCAGAGUCAGAGGACUUGAAACAGGACACGUCCAAAAUCAACCGCUUGGAGAAGCAAGCCGAAGAGUUCCUCAAUGCUGUCUUCUACAGAAAGGCAGACCUCCCAAGCUUCUCGGACCCCCACAUCCCUCUAGUGGCUCGUGAGAUAAUGCAGCGAAUGAUCCGUCAGUUCGCUGCCGAAUAUACCUCAAAAAACAGCUAUUCUCAGGACCCCCCCCAUCACCCCCAGCCCAACGGCAUCAAGGACCAAAGCCGCCUCCUGCCGAGAGCGGCCUCUCCAGCCCCGGCCCCCCUCGCUCUGCCGGGGGCGUCCAGCCCCCCGUCCCCGGGACCGGGCCUCAGCCCCGCCUCCGCCUCUGCCUUCGCCCCGGACAGUGGGAACGGAGCCGGUAGUAACUGUAGUGGUACCGGUGCUGCUGCCUCUGCACAGAACCCCGUCCUCAGCAAGCUUCUCAUGGCCGACCAGGACUCUCCACUGGACCUCACCGUCAAGAGGCCCGACCCCACAGAGACCAAAACAGAGGAUGGAGUCCUGGACCUCUCCACCAAGAAGGCCCACGGCACCGUCCUCAAAAACUCUCACAGUUACACCCUGUUGCCCACAGUGAAGGGGCGUGCCCUGAGAGUUGAGCGCUCCUUUCGGGACGUGGAGGACGAUGACAUGCUGCCGAGAAGCUUACAGGACGGGCUGAGGGACAGCUACGUCAGUUCCGCCCCCCUCAAGCCCCCAUUGGCCCAUUCGCUGCUUAUAAAGGAGGAGCUCCUCAGCCAGAAGCAGCGCCUCCUCGGCCAGCCUCCGGCUCUCUCAUUGGCUAGUCUGGAGGCUGCGGGGCUUCUCAACCACGGGAACAAAGGGAACCACGUGGAGCCCCACCCCCUCCUGGCACGGGACGGCUCUCCGUGGGGUUCCUCCAGUGGUAAAGCCCACCACCACCAACUGGACAGCCUGCUGAGGCUGAAGCAGGCCAGCGCCAUCCUCUCAGACCUCCAAGACCUGCCUCUGUUCUUGGACAACCACCACCACGGGGCGUUCUCCUCCAAGAGCUCCUCGGGAGGUGGCCUCCGCCACCACCAUGGCUCCACCAAGACCCACCACGAGGUGGUGGUGAAGAGGGAGCCGGGAGGCCACCACUCCCCGCCCGUGGACCUGAAGAUCCCCCAGGUGAGGGGCAUGGACCUGUCAUGGGACUCCCACGCCUCAGACCUGUACGGGUACGGGGCCAUGGUGUUGGGCGCCGGGGGCCACGGUGGGGUGGAGAAUGCUUUGAGCAGGAAGCUGAGGGUCAUCCUGCCCAAGCAGAACCGGCGUGCCGGUAGCCUGAGAGGCAGCCUGGGAGGUUUUCUGGAUGGGGCGGCAGACUACUGGAGCUCCGACGUGGAUCAGGGGACCUCCGGGCAACCAUACCCGACCUCCGACCCCGAGGGCGACCCGUGCUCUAAGCAGCCCAGGAAGAAGAGGGGGCGCUACCGACAGUACAACAGCCAGAUCUUAGAAGAGGCCAUCGGCAUGGUGAUGGGCGGGAAGAUGAGCGUAUCCAAGGCCCAGAACAUGUACGGGAUCCCUCACAGCACACUGGAGUACAAGGUGAAGGAGCGACUGGGCACACUGAAGAACCCUCCUAAGAAGAAGCUCAAAUUGACCUUGAGGAUGGGAGGACAGGAUUCCGCCGCCGAGUCAGAGACUACACCAACCGCGACGCCGCGAGAGGUUGCGCCACCGGAGGCCGCCGAUCUGAACCACGAGCAAAAAAUGAAAAUGGAAUUUGAAGAUUAACUGAGAAACAACGAUGACGACGAAUCCUCCCUUUCCUUAUACAUGUAUAAAAACAUCUUAACAUUAAGACUAAAGUAAUUGGAAACAAAUGGAGCUUUAUUUGUGCCAAUUUACUGUUGCAGUAUCUGGGUGAGCACAAGCGCAGGGAUAUGAGGAGGAUUCUAAAACAAGCUGGAGAUGAAAACUAAACCAAUCGGCUGGUUCUGCGGUUGUCGUUUUGACACUGCACAUUUGUUUAGCUUUUAUAUCAAGCGGCGAAACAAAUGCGUCAAAAGCCACGAGUGACGUGACAGUUAUUAAUUACAGUUUGUAAAGCAUGUUGAUUAUCCCCCCCAAAACCCUAACUCCCCCUAUUCUGAACUUGAUACACUGACCCUGCAUUGCUUUUAAAUGCAGUCUGGGCUGCGGAAUAUCUCAACUGUGGGAAAAAUUAGAGGGGGUUAAAAAUGAACCCUUUUGAACAAACUAUUAUGGUCCCCCCCUCUCUCAUUUAAGUACUAGUACCAAUUGGUAAGUGAACUGUCUCCUAUGUUUUGAACCAACUCUAAAACUAGUAACGUCACAGGAAGCUCUCUCACCAGGAAGCUGAAUCAAAACCGCAUUAUUUCUAUCGCCAGGUAGCCAUUUCUCUUUAACAAACGCAAAACUUUCUUUCCUCCUUCGAUAUUCUGCUACUCUUUAAAAGUGAACGAAAGCAACAUUGGCCGUGUCCUUUUUAAGGUAAAGACACAAAAUAGUCAAUCAGGGAUGCAUGUUCGUAAGUUUUAGUAAAUAACUACUAACUUUUAGAAUAUUUUUUUUGUUUUGUUUUAUCUUCUUUUGUUUGGCUUUCUUUUGCACUACACUUUCAGUCUGGCGCUCACCGGCGCCGCCCAGUGGUGACAGACCAGGUUACCUCGGCAUUGCUGUCCUAGCAUCAUGCACUUAAGGUCUGUCAUAAUCCCCGGCCAACUGCGCUCCAGGUACAAGUUACCCGUAGCCACAGAUCUAGGAUCAGUUUACCCUGCCUUAACAAUUAGGGGGGAAACCUCAAAACUGACCUGAGAUCAGCAUGUAGGGGCAAUUUUAUAUCUCUGCUGCUCUCCUGGAGAGAGCUCCUCAACCUCAACGGUGGUAGGUAAAUGUUGCCUCUAACCACUGGUCCAUAGUCAGAUGUCUUUUUUAUCCCCUUAUUGCUAAGGUUUGGAUUGGGGCUUGGUGAUCUGAUCCUAGUUCAGUGGUUGAGCGCAACUUCUACCUCAAGCACCUGCAACAAGUGAAUCUGUUCCCAAUCCCGAUCCUAGGGAGCUGUAGCCAUCUCUGGUUUUCAUUCCAAUCAACGACCUCAUGCAUAUGCGCUCAGCUAAUUAGUGGGCGGGGUUCUCCUAACACUAUGACAUCACAUGGAGUGAUAACCACAUGCAUUGUAGCUCUCCAAGACCAAGAAGUGGAAACAUUGCUGCUACAACUAUAUUAUCCUGUACUGAGCGAAGGUUUUACCAGCCUUACUGUCUCUAAACACUAAACAUUUCAUAAAGUUUUCUGUUUUAGAAUUCUAACUAAGUAAAAGCUUCUUAGUUGAUGAGUUUUGAAAUGGCUCCUCUCCCAUGUGGUUUUAAAAUGU